CAAAAUCUGUCAUUGUCGCAACAACACUUUUCUCUGUAAAAUUAUGAACAUCAUCUCUGUAUAAAUCUGUCAUUAGUAAUGGCAUCUCCUUUACCAAGCUGUAAUUGAAUGUGAAAGAGCUUAGAAGCUCCUCUUUGAAAACCAAAGCUUUUUUCUUUUUUAAUUUCUUUUCUUGUUGGUAUAAGUUUGGGUCGCCAUUGCCAUGAUUUAGAGAGAGACCACGCUUGUUUAUUUGCUUUCUUCUUCUUCCAUUGUCAUCUGAUAAUAUUGUUGAAUUUUUAGCCUUUUUUUGCGUCUACAUUUCGGAGUUUUAAAGAAGCAAACAAUGGUGCCGUGGUGGGCGAAGGGCAGCCACAAAGGAACCUCGGUGGUUGUGAAAAUGGAAAACCCCAACUGGUCGAUGGUCGAGCUCGAAGCUCCAUCGGAAGAAGAUUUCCUCAUCGGCAGCACCCCGACCGGUUCGCGAGAAAAAUUACGUGGCAAAAACGCCAAGCAACUCACUUGGGUUCUCCUGUUAAAAGCGCACCGUGCUGCCGGUUGCUUAACCUCCAUUACCUCCACAUUCCUAAGUUUCGGCUCAACCGUCCGUCGUCGAGUCGCCUCCGGAAGAACCGACGACAAUGACAUCGAAACCGACGAAAACAAAGCCGUUAAAACCGGUUUCUAUAACUGCAUCAAAGUGUUCCUUUGGCUAUCCUUAUUAUUAUUCUGUUUCGAGGUUGCUGCGUAUUUCAAAGGCUGGCAUUUUGGUGCCCCAAAUCUUCAAUUACAAUAUAUUCUCUCGGUGCCGCUUGGUUUCAAAGAUUUGUUCGAUUGGUUAUACACUCAUUGGGUUUUGAUUCGGGUGGGUUAUCUGGCCCCUCCUCUUCAGUUCCUCGCUAAUGUCUGCAUUGUUCUCUUCCUUAUCCAAAGCAUGGAUAGGUUAAUUCUUUGUUUGGGUUGUUUUUGGAUCCGAUUAAAAAAGAUCAAGCCAAUCCCCAAGCACGAAGCUGUUGCAGAUCUUGAAUCUGGGGAAGACUCUUUCUUCCCUAUGGUUCUCAUUCAGAUCCCUAUGUGUAAUGAAAAAGAGGUUUACCAACAAUCCAUAGCUGCAGUGUGCAGUUUGGACUGGCCAAAGUCGAGAAUUUUGAUUCAAGUUUUGGAUGAUUCCGAUGAUCCAAUGACUCAGCUACUUAUUAAAGAGGAAGUGCAUAAAUGGCAACAAGAAGGUGCCCACAUUGUGUAUCGGCACCGUGUACUUAGAGAUGGCUAUAAAGCUGGUAAUCUUAAGUCUGCCAUGAGUUGUAGUUAUGUUAAAGACUAUGAAUUUGUUGCCAUUUUCGAUGCGGAUUUCCAGCCCUCCCCUGAUUUCCUCAAAAGAACUGUCCCCCAUUUUAAGGAUAAUGAGGAUUUAGGGUUGGUUCAGACAAGGUGGUCGUUUGUGAAUAAGGAUGAGAAUUUGCUAACAAGAUUGCAAAACAUAAAUUUGUCAUUCCAUUUUGAGGUAGAACAGCAAGUGAAUGGUGUUUUCAUUAAUUUCUUUGGAUUCAAUGGGACUGCUGGGGUUUGGAGGAUUAAGGCUUUGGAGGAGUCGGGUGGUUGGUUGGAGAGGACUACAGUUGAGGACAUGGAUAUUGCAGUCCGUGCUCAUCUUCGCGGAUGGAAGUUCAUCUUCCUCAAUGAUGUUGAGUGUCGGUGUGAACUUCCUGAAUCUUAUGAAGCUUAUAGAAAACAACAGCACAGAUGGCACUCUGGACCGAUGCAGUUGUUCCGCCUCUGUUUGCCGGAUAUUAUCCGUGCUAAGAUUAGUGUGUGGAAGAAAUUCAGUAUGAUCUUUCUCUUCUUCCUGCUUAGGAAACUGAUCCUACCGUUUUACUCUUUCACUCUUUUCUGCAUAAUUCUCCCAAUGACUAUGUUCGUUCCGGAGGCCGAGCUUCCAGCAUGGGUUGUUUGUUACAUCCCUGCUAUAAUGUCAUUCCUCAACAUCCUUCCUGCUCCGAAAUCAUUCCCCUUCAUUGUUCCCUACCUUCUUUUCGAGAACACCAUGUCCGUGACCAAGUUCAAUGCCAUGGUCUCUGGUCUUUUCCAACUUGGUAGUUCAUAUGAGUGGGUUGUUACAAAAAAAUUCGGUCGAUCAUCCGAGAAUGAUCUUGUCUCCUUGGUUGAGAAAGGGCCAAAACAUCAGCGUGUGGGAUCCGAACCCAAUCUCGACAAGAUCCAAGCAGAUCUUAAGCAAGAACAAAAGACUAGGAAAACUAAGCAUAAUAGGAUAUACACUAAGGAGUUAGCUCUGGCAUUCCUUCUUCUAACAGCUUCAGCUAGGAGCCUCCUAUCCGUACAGGGUAUCCAUUUCUAUUUCUUGCUAUUUCAAGGGAUAUCGUUCCUUCUGGUCGGUCUAGACUUGAUUGGUGAGCAGGUACUAUGAGGAUCAGAGUAGCGACUUUGUAGGAAAAUGUGGAUCACGUGAAUGUAACCGACACGUUCCAAAACGAAACUUUUGCAGUUCGGUGUCCGACCUGAAUAGGAGAAGAAAUAUAGUUACAUGGACAGAAGAAUAACAUGAAUUUUGACAUAGGGCACAUGUAAAAUUGGUGAUAAAUCUUCAGUACAUGUAAGGUUUUGUUACCCUACUUUUAGAUUCUUUUGCUUUUAUGGCAAAUUCUUUUGUAAGAAAGGAAGUUGUUGAAACAUGAAACAGGAAUUUAGGUACAAAUUAAGGGCAAGGUAGAAAAUUGAUUCCUUUUCCUUUAGUCACUAAUUUUCAUGAGGAUGGUACUUUGAGCUGAUGUUAAUUGAAGUAAAUGUUUAACUA